GUUAUUGUCACAAUAAAUCAAAUAUCAAAUUAAUUUCUUAAUAGUUUAUGAGCCCUAAACCUCUCCGUGAAGAAAAGAGGACAUUUCCCAAAUCACAUUUGAAGUUCACUCUCCUAAACACGAAAAAGAAAGGAUGACGAGAGGAACAAUUCCUGAUAAAUGGUCGUCAAGGGUUCUUUGGGUUUGUGCCAUCGGAAGUGCUAUUGGUUUUUAUAUGGUUGCUGUAGAGAGGCAAAUGCAGAAUAGACAGAAAAUGAUGGCUGAAAUGGCUGCCCUUGAAUCGAGUGGCGGUUCAGGUGACGAUGUUUGAUUUCAUAAUUUGUUCUGUGAAACUCGGAAGAAAGUUUGUAUCAUUUUUCCAUUUCAUUUUGGAUAAUAUGAAUGGAAUUUGAGAUUAGUUAAUCUUAAAUUUGUUCAGUUUUUGAGUUCACCUGAAGUUGAUCUUAACUAUCAUUGUAUUAGCUACAUUUUAUUGGAUAAUAUGAUUGCAUUUAUAUUUCUUUGGUUA